GUGUUCAUUCAUAGUUUUGCGUUUUUCAUUGACUACAAAAACCACAAUAGCACUGAUGAUUAACUUGAGCAAAUAUUUUCAAAGAAUGUUUGGAAGCCAAGUUUAAUUGUUAGAUUAGCCAGUGACCCAGCUGGUCGAAAAUCCAAAGAACUAUCAUAUUUUUUGGCGCUUUUAGCACGUAACCCCAACUGCCCCGAAAUUUCCGCAUAGCGAUACCUGUAGUAGUAUAAAUGCUUAAAAGCUGACAGCUAAAUUGUGCAGUGCCUAAAGAACUUAGAACAAUUAACUUGAUCGAAAUGACAGCCUUCAAUCGGGAUCACCACUUUGCGCUUCUACUGAUCGUUGCCCUCGUGGGAAGUAGCUGUAUUUUGGGAUUUUCCGAGGCCCAAACUUUUACAGCCGAGGAUCGUAGCUCUAUACAGAAAUUCAUGGAUUCUUUGCUGAACUUCCUGGAACUGGAAGUAAGUAAUAUAACAACCACAUUGCCGCCAACUUCGAAUGGCACUACCUUGGAGACCACUACUCUGGCGGCACCUGGAAAUUCCACAGAAGUGACCACAGAGGUUUCGCAAACAUCCACUAACUCCACAUUGAGUGCCUUGGAUCCGACCACGAGCAGUUUGAAUGCCACAACGGUGGAUAGCGAAAAUACAACCGCAACAACCACAACCACCGAAGCAAAUCCAACUACGAUGAGGCGCAGGAUUUGCUUCAAGCGUUUCUGCUACAAGUUUAGCAACGACAAGGGUUACAUAGUUUAG